AUGGCACCGCCUACCCCCUUGAAGAAGACUGCUGCGGCACCAGUACCGAAUGCUGCGGCUCCAAAGACACGCGCAAGCCCUGCCACCGCCUUGGCUGUGAAGAAAAAGCCUCCGACUGAGAAACCUGCAGCUUCUGCGUCUACACGCCCACCGGCUGUUUCUUCUCCGGCUUCCGGGGAGCGGCGUCGGUCAAGUGGAAGCAAGAAGAAAAGCACUGCGGAAAGCUCAGCGCCCGCUGGCGCAGGCAAGAGCGGGGAAUCCUCACGCCGGAGCUCGAAGAGGGGUUCACACUGCCAUGAGCAACAGCAGUCACCAGUGACAGAUACGGAAAACCAUGCGAAGACAGGAGAUGAGGUGGUUGUGACUGACGAGGGAUAUCCCACAGCUCGCGUUGGGUUGUUCCCGCUUGUUUGUUUCUUUGGGCCGCCCUGCAGCGGAAAAGGGACCCUGGCAGCUUUGCUGAAGGAGCGCCUGGGAAUGCUUCAUCUUUCAACAGGAGAGUUGCUGCGGAACGUGGAGAAAGAAGAGGGAGAUAACAGUGAGAUCGGUGCCGCAAUGGCAGCUGGCAAACUUGUAGACGAUACGGUUAUAGUACGGCUGCUGCGAAAUGCGAUGGCGAAAAACGCCGAAACUGGCGCAAAGGGGGUCAUACUCGACGGAUUCCCGAGGAACGGCACCCAAGUGGACGUUCUCAGAGAAAUGAAGUUGUGGCCAGACGCUAGUUUCCUAAUCAACGUCCCCUCCGAGGUCCUGUUCAAGCGGAUGGCUGCACGACGCGUCGAUCCAAUUACAGGCGAAGUGUUUGGUCUUGGUUCAGACCCGAGAGACGAGGAGCAAAUGAAACGCCUCAUUCGCCGCGACGACGAUAACGCUGACGUUCUACAGACUAGAAUCCAGGACUACGAGGAAAACAUGAAACAGAUAGCGAGACGGCUUCGAGGAGAGAAAGAGGCGGAAGAUGAGGAUUCGAAAAAGACUAGAGGAACUCAGGUGGCGAAUGAGGAGGGAGGCACAAGCGAAGCAACGUGUGAACUUAUCGAAAUAGACGGAGACAGAGAUAUUCAAGAAACAUUCGAGAGCGUCCACCACCAUCUGAAGCGGAAGUUCCCCUCGGUCUUUUGCUGA